UUAAAUCUAUCCUUGCAACUAGAACAGGGGGCAUAGCAACUUUUUCUCUCUCAAAUCACUAGUGCCUCAUGUUAUGUAAAAGCUUUACAUUAGAGUCUGGCUUUGGAUGCUGAUUGCUCAAAGCUGUAUUCAGUCAGAUUGUGUACUAACUCCAAAUGUGCACGUUUGGGUUGUCACCACCAAAAUAAAAAGGUAUAUAUUCCCACUGGCCAACAUUUUGAGAUUUGGACACCUUCAGUUAUGUACCCGACUCCAGAUUGAGACAAAUUAAAUAAAUGGCUUGAUUUUCAGAAGUGCUACGCAGCCACUGCACUCAUUUAAGUCAGUGGGAUUUGAUAGGGUUUGAGCACCUCCUAAAAUCAAGUCACUUAUUUAGGUGCCUAACUUAAGACACCCAAGUUUGAAAAUGUUGUCAUUUUCUUCAGUGGGUGGGAGGAAAAAGAUCAUUAUGGGGAAAUUAUAGUAAGUACAUUUCUCUUGAAGUUUUAAUAGAUAUUUGAAAAUAAGUCUUACAGGCUGUCACUGAAGGAAGGCUAAACCUAUAAUCUCUCUUCCUCCUGUAUUUCCUCUCCUUCAUCCCUCUGCCCUCAACUGACCAGCUGCCCUUUGUACAAGGUGAAGAGUUCUUCUAAAUCUAACUUACUUGAAGCUGAAUUUUGAGCUCUUAACAAACUCACAGUUCACACACCAAAUUCCGUCCUCAGGGCAAUAAAAAUACCAACGUUGUGAGGGUUAAAAAAACUGGCUCAGUUUUUCUUUGUGCAUGUCAUUGGGGAAAUAUUAAGGGCAGUAGCCUAUCAGAACAGAGGGAUUUGCAUAACCGGUGUGGAGUUAUUCAGGAAUAACUGUACAUAUACUACUCUCUUCAGAUGGACUAAUGGUGAUCAGCUAAAGAACAGGGAUUUACUUACUGAAUAAUAACUGAGAAAUAAACAAUAAAAUCUGAUUUACAUAAUGACUCACAGUUAGUGAGACCAGAUGUCCCGAUUGUAUAGGGACAGUCCUGAUUUUUGGGGCUUUUUCUUAUAUAGGAACCUAUUACCACCCACCUCCUGUCACUAUUUUUCACACUUGCUAUCUGGUCACUCUACUCACAGCCAGUCAAAAUGCAGAAAAUCAUAAAAUUGAGAAACGAGGUUAUUGGUACGGAUCAGUAACUAUACUGCACCUUUGCCCUGGGAUCUGCAGAAACCAUUUUAUUUCACUAUCGUUUCUUGUAAUUCUUGUUCUCUGAGGCUGUGUCUACAAUAGCCUUUUCUCCCCACACUUCCAACUAUUGGUACCAUUGGUACAGUGGGAGCACUAGCAUCAAUAGAGUGCAGGUUUGCUGGUGUUUCAAACAUUGUGCCAUUUAGGCCAACUCAGAGAGACAGUAGUUAAAAUGCCAGAUGUCUUCACUCCACUCUUACCAUUGCUAUCACUGAUGGAAUUUCACAAGGGGGAAAUUUUAAGCAUAAUAUAGUGUUGACAAGGUCAGUAGGUAUACAUCUACAGGAUAUCAGCACUCAUCCACCUGGCCUUCCUUCUCAGAGAUGUGGGCAUUUAUUGGUCACUGAAAUACCCAGACAGUAGGUGAGGUAAUUUAACACUUCAGAAUUUUGAAGUAUGUAAUUUCUGACCUGCCACACCCCCCUCAAAUUGGUUCCACAAAGUGAGUGUCUAUUAUUACAUGCAAUUACUAUUCUUUGAAAGUAUGUGAAUGUUUAAGCUUUACAUUUUGAGCUCUUCUAAAGCAUUUCACUGUAAUUGCUGCUGCUUGUGGAUGCUGCUUUGUUGUUCUCAUCACCAGAACUAGUUUAUUUUUUCAUAAGUAAUCUGUUUGGAAAGCUUAGAAUGUUUACAACUGCAAAAUAAUAUAGAAUUACAUUUUAAAAACACAACCACAGAAGAUGCAAUAAAAAUGUGACAAUUCUAAAAAAAAAAUAGAUAAGAAUAGUGUUUCAAAGUUGCAAAUAGCUGAUGAAUUGUCUCCUCUAACAGACCUAUGACUUAUCUUUUAGUUCUUAUACCACUAGUCCACAGUUACAGUAGAUGGAUUCCACUGUAACAUAAAUAAUUAAAGCUUCUUUAGCAACAGUGGUGAAAGGUCUUUUCUUUAAAUUAUUUAUGUAGCAUUUUAUAGUGCUCUGUGUUAAGUAUACUGUUGGUUUCCUCAGCUUGAAGCCAUGAGGGAAAAGAAUCAGUUUUCUCAAAAGUAUGUAAAAGGCUAAUAGGAAUUGUUGGAGGAAAAGACAUUAGCUUGCCUUAUCCAGGAAGAAGUUACAAAGGAAAAAUGUCCCAAACUGAGGAAAGAAUCUUCACCCAAUGUGCCUUGGGGAAUUACAGCUGAAUUUGGUAUGGAUUCAGAAGGAUGGUUUUCAGUGAAUGGUUUGAAGUAUUUGGUUAAGUGGCACCACAGUGGCUCUUAUCAGCUUUAUCCAGGUAAUGUCUUGAGUGAUUAUAUAGAAUAUCUUCAUCCUGCGACUGUAGGCAUUUAGUAAUUACCAGGAAUGUGCUGAGCUGCUCAUUAUAAAAAAGUUUGUUGUCUGAAAUAUUAUUGUAGAUUUUAUUAAAGGAUGCAUACAAAUAAAUCAUCACUGAAAUAUAUUCUGACCUUAUUCUUUUGUAAGGUUUAAAUCAGAGCUUUCAAAGCCAGAUUAUCUUUUUAACACUUUUCAAUAUUUAAUUGAUAAGAACAAUGCAUAUUCUUUGGAAUAGCAAUCUGUUUUGUAAAUAAAACAAAACAAAAAUAACUCAAAAGGUGUAUCAUGCUUCCUAUGUAGGAUUUAGGUUUGUGUAGAGUAAGUUGGCCAGUCUGUCACAUACGUACGUAAUCAAGAAAAUAAAAUGAAACAGACUCCCUGUCCAUGGAGUGGCAGAUUUCUCCUCUUAAUUUUUAUUUUUAUUGAAAAAUUGGGAAACUUCUUAUAGGUAUAUCAUGAUGUGUGCUAUCUUUUAAGCCAUAGCGAGAAUUAGUUUGCUAGAUGUUUUAUAGAUCGAUUUCUGUUUCUCCCCUUAGACAAUGGCAUGUUUUAGUGUCAGCAUUGUGGUGCAGCUGCUUACAUGUUGUUCGUUUGCUAAGGUUAAUAGGUUUCUGUGUUUUGUAUCAUCUAUUCAGAUUUCAGUAUAGAAAACCAAAGUGGCAAAUUGAAUAAGACUUUAAAAAAAAAAAAUUUGUCCAUAGUAUGGAUUCAAGUACUGUUGUCGUCUGGGUGGGAGUUAAAGAAUAAAAGAAAAAAUUGUUUUUGUUUGUUGGAAGAAAAUGAGGAACAAAACUACAAUUGCUCCUUUGAGAGAUGAUAGCAGUGGUCCUAGAAUAGGAUGAAAUAAAAUGCAGUGUAAAAAUGUCCUGGAGCAUACUAACUCAUGGACAAAGAAGGCUGAGAGGAAUAGUUGAGCUAAACAGUAGUGAUUUAAAAGACUGUAUCAGUGAUAAUAGCCUCAGUAGCAAUGCUAGUCUUCCCAGUGUACAGAGCUGUCGACGACUCCGAGAAAGAAGAGUUGCAAGCUGGGCCGUUUCAUUUGAACGCCUUCUUCAGGAUCCUGUUGGCAUUCGAUUUUUCUCUGAAUUUCUACGGAAAGAAUUUAGUGAAGAAAAUAUUUUAUUCUGGCAGGCCUGUGAAUAUUUUAACCAUGUACCUGCACAUGACAAAAAAGAGCUUUCUUACAGAGCUCGGGAGAUCUUCAGCAAGUUUUUGUGUAGCAAAGCUACAACCCCAGUUAAUAUUGAUAGCCAGGCACAGUUGGCAGAUGAUAUUCUCAGUGCUCCACAUCCAGAUAUGUUCAAAGAACAGCAGCUUCAGAUUUUUAAUCUGAUGAAAUUUGAUAGCUAUACUCGCUUUCUGAAAUCCCCGCUUUACCAAGAAUGCAUUCUGGCUGAAGUAGAAGGUCGCCCUCUUCCUGAUCCACAGCGUGUUCCCGGCAGCCCCACAUCUAAACAUAGUAUCAACUCCGAGCGGUCCCAUAUCUCAACACCAAAAAAGUUAAUUGGAAAAUCAAAGUCAGGAAGGUCCUUAAAUGAAGAAUCUGGAGAGGAAGAUGCUGAGAAGAAAAAAAAAGGGACAUUUUUCUCCUGGUCAAGAAGUAAGAGUGUGGGGAGAUCGCAAAAAAAAAAGGAAAAUGAUGACUACCAAAAUGAUUCUAUGCAUACCAAUGGACUAUUUUGCAGACGUGAAUCACAAGGCUCCAUGUCAUCAGCUGCAAGUCUUGAACUGUUUGAUGCCUCUCGGUUAUCUGCAUCUGUACCUGAUAAAGAGAAAUCCUCAAAAUACUGCUGUAUAAACCUUCCAGAUGGCUCGUCUUGUAAAAUGGUUGUUAAAUCAGGAUUCUCAGUCAAAGAGAUGUUAUCUGGGCUCUGUGAGAAACAUGGCAUUAACAUAGCUGCAGUAGACCUUUUUUUAGUUGGAGGAGACAAGCCACUUGUAUUGCAUCAAGACAGUAGCAUCUUGGAUUCUCGGGAUCUACGUUUAGAGAAACGUACUUUAUUUCGGCUGGAUCUUGUUCCAAUCAAUAGAUCAGUUGGUUUGAAGGCUAAACCCACUAAGCCAGUAACAGAAGUUCUACGGCCUGUGGUUGCAAAAUAUGGCUUAAAUCUUAAUGAACUUGUGGCAAAACUGAAUGGUGAGCAGGAACCACUAGAUCUUGGUGUCCCUAUAUCUAAUCUGGAUGGUCAACGAGUUGUAUUGUAUGAAAAAGAGCCAACAAAGGGAAGAGUGUUCACAGACAGACAAAAAGGCGCCCCAGUAAAACAAAGUACAGUUGUAACCUCCACUUCAAGAAAUCAAGCAUCUACAGGAGAGGGAAGAACUCUAGGAAAGUCUAAUUCUAUUAAAAUAAAAGGCGAAAAUGGAAAAAAUGCUAGGGAUGCUCGGCUAUCAAAGAGAGAAGAAUCUCUUGCAAAGAUUGGGGGAAAAAAAUAUCAGAAAAUUAAUUUGGACGAAGCAGAGGAGUUUUUUGAACUCAUAUCCAAAGCUCAAAGUAACAGAGCAGAUGACCAACGUGGGCUGCUAAGGAAAGAAGACCUUGUUCUACCCGAUUUUCUUCGUUUACCUCCCAGUAGUCCAGAACCACCCUCAUCUACACCAGUGAGCUCUAAAGGCCUUAGCAAGAGAAUUGCAAAAAAUGAUGGCAAGGAUAAAAGUACACAGCCAAGUGGGAAACUGGAGAUUACCCAAAACUGUAAUGAAAAUUCAAUUAAGAAAACAGGUCAUUCAGAAAAUAAACAUAAGUCUGCUUUGAUAACGCUCAACAGUCAGAAGACUUACAAUGUUCCUUUUAGUGCUCCAUUGUCUCCAAUUCCACAUGUACAGGACAACAAUAUGACAAUAUGGAAAAGGCAAUCAGGAGAAUUACAGGCUGAAGGCAUACAGACUAUAGAUGAUGAAAAUGUAGCAGACUUGACUCUUGUGGCUGAAGGAGAUAUUAGUAGCCCUAACAGCACCUUACUGCCACCACCACCAACACCACUAUCAGACAUCAGUAAACUCACAGAAGCCAACUAUCCACCGCCAACGCCACUGGCAGGUAAUCAGGAAAAUUCUGGAUAUCAGAGAUCCAAUUCAGGUAUGAACCACAGAAAGAAAAAAGAUUCACCAGGGGCUGCAGGAAACUUCUGUGAGCAAAGCUCUCACAAAACAAAGACCAACAGAAGCCUUAAUCCUCCUGGUGGUAGGGAUAAUCUUCCCACUUCUGUAAACAGAAUAAUUGAUGUGGAUGGAGUUAAACUGGAAGACAGUGGCACACGAUCCUGUGAUGAUUCAGAAGGGAACCUCAGCUUCGAAGGCUGUAUCUCUGAACUGAGAUCUUGCCAGGGGAGGAUGCGGACAGGAGUUUAUAGGACAUCAGACCUCCCCUCUCUGAUUACUGUCAAGAGUGAGAAAAACAAGGGUGCUGAGAAUCAAUACAAAGCCACUUUUGUUUAAAUCUCUAUUUUUAAUUGACAGCUUCAACAUUUUUUCCUGGCAUCGUUAGCACUAGAGCUAUGCAUUAUGGGCAUGUUCCUGCAAGUCACUCAGUGCUUUCAAUUCCUAUUGGCUUCAAUGGGCGUUUAAAAUAGUCAGUCCCAAGGUCAGACCUUGUAUGAAUUGGAACCUGUAUAAUGAAAAGUAGUAUUUAAACAAAAGAGUUGAAAUAUUUAAUUUUGUUCUGUCUCCUAAUGGACUUUCUAAUGUUGUUUUCCAUAUCAUGGUUCCUGUUGGUACUUUGACCAAAUUGGUGAGAUUAAAAUUCUCAUGGCAUAUAGCCAUCCUUUAAUGUCUUUGAGAAAGACAAAGUCAUUUUAAGUCCCACCCAGGUUUUUACAGAAUGUGGUUUUGGUUUUUCAUCUUAAUCUUCUAAUGUUUUUUCCUAGUCCACAGUAUUCCUUGGUGCUGCUAGGCUUGUAUAUUGGAUGUGAAGUGUACUAUUCAUUAUUAUUUGGACAGCAUUGAGACUCUUUGUCUGGCAAAUCUUCCUAUCUAUUGAUAGCAUCUGAGAAAUCCAGGGGGAGUUCAAUCUUGUUAUAAAGAUUACCUGAGUGGAUAUAUGCAUUCUGGCAUGCUUUUUACAUGGGCAGGAAUCCAGAUUCAAGAAAGCCAUAAAGCUCAUUCAGACAGAGCAAUAGCAGCUUCUGUAGCUUGCCUUGGUAACAUAUCCAUAGCAGUGAUUUAUAAAGCAGCUGCAUGGAGGUCAUCCAAAUCUUUACAUGGCAAUGUUCUCUCUAUGUCUGAGAGUUUAUUUUAAUCUAUAAUUAAAUAUUCCUCUUCCUCCUUCUAGGUUAGCUUAGAAGAUUAGCUAAAAAUACCAAACUAGUGAGUAAUUAGGAAGGAGGAAGAAAGGAUUCUUGCCUGUUCUCUGAAUUUAUUGUCUCUGCAGAUCUACACUUGUUCUUCUUUCUUUCCCAUUCUUUUGAGUUAGUAAUGACUCUGGGCAACUGAAAGAGGUAUUGAAGAAAUGUGAAGCAUGGGCCUCUAUCAAUCUCUAUUUGAAACAGUCUUGAAUGUAUACAUUAAGAUGCAUAUCGGUUCACUGCUUUGAAUUGAUUCUGGGACUCAUGAGACAUAUUGCAUGGCUCUUAGAGUGUGGAUCUGAAGAGACAAUAAAUCUGGAGAACUACAGUUAUUGCUAAGUAAUCUCUUUUUCAUUGCUCCUCCUUUGUGGAGCUUAUCAUGAAUUGUGAACUUUUUCAUAACAGGGACAUGCUGUAGCAAAUUAAUCAGUUUUUAAAGCUCAGAUGUAUUUGCAAUGUCAAAAUGCUUAGCAGAUUCUUAAGAUUAUGCAACAGUAAUACAAGACCUUCCCAAUGUAAAGAAUGAUGGGCACAGCUCUAUUAACUUCAAUGGAGAUUCACCUAUUUACACCAGUAGAGACUUUUGCCCUAGGUUUAGGAAUCACAUUUGCUAACAUUAAACCCAGCUCAGUCAAUUGUAUGCUUUAGAUUGUUUACUUUUUUUUAAUACAGUUGUUGGUGGAUGAGUAAUAUAUACCUGUCAUGAAUAACAGCUGUUCCUUAACAAAUUUCCAAAAUUAAAAUUGGACUGAGAAUCACACUAAAGUUGUACUGAUACUGCAGUAUUGUCUACAGUAGGGGAAUUGAAAAGCCCAGGGUAUUCAUAAGGAGAUAUAGAGACUUUCAACUCUAGAUUAGUGAUUCAAAUCUGACCUGUGCCAGUGGUAGUGGAAAGCUAUCAUUGGACUGUAAAUGAAGUGAGUUGGUUAUGGGAGUCCAGUUCCCUGUGGCUAGAUGGCUACAUCACAGAAACCCACCAUAUUUGGCAGUAAGUGCAGUCAUCCUGGCAGGGCCUGAAUAGGCACUGAGCCUGAAGGAACUUCUUAUCCCUAUUGUAGCCUAUAGGUAUAGAUAUUUGCUAGAUGAGGCAUAGGUAUAAGUUAAGGCAAUAAUGCAAUGAGCCUACAAGCUGUUAUAAACUAGCAUCUGGUGGUUACUUGUCAACACUAUAGAGUAGGUAGUUAUUGUGGUUAAAGGACAUUGGUGAUGCAGUCUGGGGGAGCUUUCCCUGCUGGUAUUCAGCUGGUACUUGUUCUGUGGCUAAAUGAAGGACAUAAGUUUUCAAUGUUUUCAUAUUGGCUGUAGAUUGUAGUCCAUAGGAUAUAUUAUUCUAUAUCUUCUUAUACUGCAUCUAUAGGGUUAGUAUAAUUAUCUUGAGAGAUUUUAAAACAGCUCUGUAUUCUUUAAGAUCCAUUCCCCAUAUUGCAUCUGUCUUGUGUCAUUGUAUUGACAGCAUUAUGAUAUAAAUUCACAGCUGGUAGGACAGGUUUUCAUCCUUAUAAAUGUCUAUGUUUUCAGCUGAGAGCUUUGCUCUGAUCAAAGCAAAGUAUCUUCACAUGUCAGUAAUCCCCAACAAAUGGGCUCCUUGCCAUCUGCACCUGAACAUGUUGCACCUUGCAGUGUGUCUUUGAAAAUCAAUGCCUGCCCCAGUGCUGUAGUGAAUAUUUAAAACUGAAAUGCAGUAGUUGGUGUCUAUGGUGAUUCCUGAUCAAAAUUUUAGGCGGGACACUGUAACUUGCCUUAGCUCCAUGUCUGCUCAUCAAAGACCUGAUCCUGUAAGUGAUCUUCUGUAUGCAGAAUUCCCAUUGAAACCAAAGGGAGUUCUGUGACCAAGAUCUUAAUGACAUUUUUGAACGUGCCGCCCAGGCCUCUGCUGUCAUUACUAGACUUCAGUAGAAACGCAGACUUAUGAACUGACUGGUCAACCACACACCUCAUUUGGAACCAGAAGUAUGUAAUCAGACAGCAGAGAAAAAA